AUGCUGCCACACACCACCAGCCAGUCACUGCAGGCAUACCUCUGGACCAGGAGCACAGGGUGUGGUGUAUGCCAACACACACACCAUGGCGCACUUUCCAGCAACUAUGGCACCUCCCUCUGGGACUCUGCCACUCUCCGGUGGACUGUUAACAGCUUCGGCCAGGGGCUACACCCCAAUGAGUCGGGUCUGAUGGUGGCCACACCAGCUGCGCCUGCCAAGAUACUCAAUGACCAGUUGUCAGAGAUGAUUACAGCACCUUCCCCUCAGGUUGGUGGUGGUCAGCUGGGUGUAGGAGGAGUGCCUGUGUCGGUGGGAGUUCCGUACAUGAGUGGUGAUGGUAGUGUGCCAUACACUGGCCCAGCAGGCAUUGGUCCAGGUGGGGUCUGUCAUUAUCCACCUCACCUGGUAGAUGUGGACAUUGAGACGGAUUCCAAUCAUGAUACAGCACUUACCCUGGCUUGUGCAGGAGGACAUGAGGAGCUUGUGCAGCUUCUCCUCAACCGUGGAGCAAAUAUCGAGCACAGAGAUAAGAAGGGCUUUACGCCACUUAUCUUAGCAGCUACUGCAGGCCAUGCAAAGGUAGUAGAGACCUUAUUGAAUGCUGGUGCUCACAUAGAAGCACAGUCGGAGCGCACCAAGGACACCCCUUCCUUGGCUUGUUCUGGGGGCAGAUAUGAAGUUGUAGAAAUCCUUUUACAGCGAGGUGCUAAUAAGGAGCAUCGAAAUGUAUCUGACUAUACACCUCUCUCCCUCGCUGCGUCUGGCGGCUUUGUCAACAUCAUCAAGCUUUUGCUGGACAAUGGUGCAGAAAUCAACUCUCGCACAGGAUCAAAGCUCGGCAUCUCUCCUCUCAUGCUUGCUGCCAUGAAUGGCCAUGCAACUGCGGUGAAACUUUUGCUAGACAUGGGCUCGGAUAUCAAUGCUCAAAUUGAGACCAACCGCAACACCGCAUUGACACUGGCAUGCUUCCAGGGAAGACAUGAAGUUGUCUCCCUCCUCUUAGAUCGCAAGGCUAAUGUUGAACACCGUGCCAAGACUGGACUUACACCUCUAAUGGAGGCUGCAAGUGGUGGCUAUGUUGAAGUGGGUAGAGUCCUCCUGGAGAAAGGUGCUGACGUCAAUGCCCCACCAGUUCCAUCCUCAAAAGACACAGCGCUUACCAUUGCAGCGGAUAAGGGCCAUUAUAAAUUCGUAGAGCUUCUUAUCCAAAGAGGUGCUCAAGUGGAAGUCAAGAACAAAAAGGGCAACUCUCCCCUGUGGCUAGCGGCCAACGGGGGACACUUGGAAGUAGUUCAGUUGCUAAAUAGCGCACAGCUGACAUGAGUCUGAAGACAACAGGAAGGUCUCCUGCCUAUGGCUGCAUUUAAGAGAGGGCAUUACAAGGUUGUCAAAUAUAUGGUACGAAAUGUGACCCAGUUCUCUGACCUGGAGUUGCAGCGGUACAUUGCCACCAUAGCAGACAAAGAGCUGAUGACCAAGUGUACUAAUUGCAUGGAGGUGAUUCGUGCAGCCAAAGAAAGCAAGCUUUAG